AAUGCAAGAGAAAGAGGCUAAGCAUUGUAGAGAUUGAGGUCUUAUUUAUAUUCAGAGCAAUAAACCCUAAUGGAUAUUCUCAAAGCUCUGACAAACCACAACCAAUUCACAAAUUAAUUAAUGGCAGCAAGACAGCAACCGAGAGGAACAAGCUUAGAGGUUCAGUAUAAGGAUUUUGUCCCCAAAUCUGAAUGGAAAGAUCAACCUGAAGCCACUCUUUUCACAAUUGAUCUUCCAGGUUUUACAAAGGAGCAAAUAAAGGUAAUGUAUGUGCAUGCCUCGAAGAUGAUAAGAGUCAGCGGAGAACGUCCCCUGGCUGGUCAGAGAUGGAGCCGUUUCAACAAAGUGUUCACUGUUCCGCAGAAUUGUCUAGUAAAUAAGAUCCAUGGGACCUUUAAUAACAAUGCCCUCACCAUCACCAUGCCUAAGGAGACAAUUACAAAGAUGCCUAAUCUUCCAGAAGCUUCUAUAACUGUGGCUGAGAAGGUGGAGAAGCUAGAGGAAAAGAAGGUUCUGGAAGAAGGUAUAAGGAAAGAAAAGCAAGCAGAGGCUGAGAAGAAGAAAAAGCUUCUGGAAGAGAAAGAGGGAAUACUUAGGAAGCUGCAAGAAGAAGCUAAAGCAAAAGAGAUGAUUGAGGAAAGGAAGCUUCAAGAAGCAGUUAUAGCAAAAGAGAAGGCCGCGGCAAGAAGGUUUCAAGAAGAAGUUAUAGAAAAAGAGAAAGCCGAGGCAAGGAGGCUGCAAGAAGAAGCUAAAGCAAAAGAGAUAGCUGAGGCCAGGAAGCUUCAAGAAGCAGUUAUAGCAAAAGAGAGAGCUGAGGCAAGGAGGCUUCAAGAAACAGCUAUAGCAAAGGAGAGGGCUGAGGCAAGGAGGCUGCAAGAAGAAGUUAAAGCAAAAGAGAUGGCUGAGGCGAGGAAACUUCAAGAAGGAGCUUUAGCAAAGGAGAAGGUCGAUGCAAUAAAACUUCAGGAAGAAACUAAAGCAAAAGAAAAGCUUGAGGUGAGGAAGCUUCCAGAAUUGGACUAUACAAAUCCCGGUCCUGGUUCGGGGACUAGACCUGUAUCUGGAAAAGCAAGCGAGGCCGUGAAAUCAGCAGAAGAAAAACUAAGUUACUUGAUGGUGAAAGAAAAGCUAACAGGAAAAGGGAUAAUGGAUAAAAUAAGAGGAAGGGAAAUAACAAGUGAAGAGAAGAAGUUGAUGGUGAAUGUAGGAGUGUCUGCUCUUGUUAUAUUUGCCCUAGGAGCUAACGUUUCUUGUAGCUUUUGCUCAUCAUCUUGAUCACCUUCUACCAAACCAGAAUGAUAUGGUCUUAAAGAAGUGUGAAGGAGAGCUAUUAUACUUUGUGAAUGUAAUAUAUUGUGAAAUCUAAUAAACGUUGGUGAAGGCCAUGCUCACAUUGGCACAUAUAAAUUAGGAGAAUCAUUAUGUAAAUAACUUUUAAAUUCGGUGAGAAGCUGUUCUUGGUGGUGAAUGGUGUGCUUUGUUCUUCUAGUGUUCUAUUAUUGAAUGGAAAGAGUUUUUCUCUUUCAUUUUGUUAUUAUCCAAAAAUAUACAAUACUCAUGGUUCUAAUUUAAAUAUGCUA